AUGUCGGCUAGAAAGUUAGGGGAGUUACUGGCGGAGUAUGUCGAGCGGCGCGGAGCUUACAUGUCGAGCGAAACAUAUCAGCAAUUUUUAGAGCAAGACAUUGUGUCGCUGCUGGAACAAUUUAUGACGGCCAUGAUGGAGAUGGAUUUAGACUCGUAUGCCAAAGCCUGCGACAAUGAGUAUUGGCAACAUCCCAGCGAACAUGGGAAGCCAGAACAAGUACCAAGGCGGAUGAACAACACAGGGGAAAGAGUUAAGUGCAGACUUAUGACAGGGGCACUGUAUUUUUUGAACGGGUGGGGAAGAAAUUUACCUGGCCAGGAACGGACAUUUUCGGGUGAGGAAGAACUCAGGCAGUACAUCACGUGUGCAAUAGUAAAUAUGUUCACAUAUAUAUUGGAUGAAUCGAAAUGUGGCACGAACUGGGGUACAUAUUAUGCGUGGUAUGCAAUGCAGAAUCUUACGUGGGGAUUACCCAACAAUGCGGUGGAACAAGGAACUUGUCGGCACGGAGAGUUUGAGGAUGUUAAGAGGGGAAAAUGGUCAAUGCGUCAAGUGAUUCAUGAAUGGUUCAAGAAAGAGGCAGAGACAUUACAGAAACUAGGUGGCAGCGAAAUAACUGAAGAGUGUAAGAAGGAUGCAAGGGCGGACAAUCGUAAGAGUACAAAAGGGGCACGGAGCGAUGCUAACACGACGCGUACGGUUAUAGAAGAACAUAUAGAGAAGAAAUUAAAAGAAGGACUGAAAGAUAUAUUAGGGCAGGUUAAAGAGGGGGUCAAGGAGACAGUGAGAGAAUUAAGGGGCGAGGGAGCAUACAGCGCAAACCCGGAGGACGACAACGAUGACGGGGAAGACGACGAUGAUGAUGAUGCGGAUGCAGAACAGGAGGACGACGCGAAUGCGAAGGACAAGGAAGACAAGGCGGCGUCAGGAAGUAAUGCGGACAAAACAAAAAAGAAGGAGGAGAAGUCAGACGUACAGACACCACCACAAACAACAGGUGGCGCAGGGGGAGCGGGACUUGCACGCGCAGAGACUCCACAAGAUAUUGCACCACCAGUAGCAGCACCGUCCGCACCGCCGUCCACACCGGCGGCACCGUCAUCCACACCAACAUCAGCACAAACACCACACUCUGGGGCUCAUCCACCAGCAGGGACUACUACCAAUGCCCAGACCGACAAAACUACAGGAACUCCGGGAACAGACAGUAAAACGAACAUUGGCACACAACCUAACGUUGAGGAUAAGAAGAAGGAUGCUGAUGCGAAUGAACACGGAAGCGGAAAAGGAACAAAAGGAGCCGAUAGCCCACCUGAGCCGUCUAGGCAGGCGGAUGAACAGGGAAAAGGGGACAACUUACCGACUGACGGAUCAUGCUCAGGUACUUCACACCCCUCCGGGGAAAACAGUAUUGUGCCUCGGGUCAUACAAAAAGAGGAUACUUCCGAUGGCUCCGAAAUGUUCCACCCUGAUUGGGAUGGAACACAGUUUCCAUGGGAAAAAAAGAACGAAACCGGAUCACAGGCACCCGCUGCCGCGGCCUCCCCCGUGAGUGGCACUACUGGACAGCAACCUUCCGACUCUGUCGACCCAAAUCAGCGACAAUGUAACCCUUCUGAGAAUUCUGCAGGGACCCGACCAUGUGUCCUGGAAAUAUCACCAGGACAUAUACCCGGCAUAGAUACUGUAUCUGGAGGAUUUGCACCCCCGUACCCAGAACAUAAAGCAUCCUCCCCAUCAAAUACAAACGUAGGUACGGGGAGCGGGGGCCCAGAUGGACCCGACCUAACCGCCGACGUCCUUACCGCCACUACUCCCGUGCUGUUUUUUCUCACUUCCGUCACCGUCGCCCUUCUUGGUUAUUCCCUUUGGCAGUACUUUGCGUACCUCGGACAACCACGACGACGAGCAUAUCGAACCGUUCGUGACGUGCCGUCACCGCCACUCGACGAAGAAAUAUUGGAGCAUCUACAACGCGGCGAACUGCCACCACCCGAUUACGGGUACACCAUGGUUAGGGAUACGCGGGCCGCAUCUGCUGCCGACCGCCGCGGACAACGCUCACCACGCGUGCAUACGGGCACCAUUAUCGAGCUACACUUAGAAGUGCUCAACGAAUGUGAAGCGACCGAGUGGGAAAAUGUCAAAGACGACUAUUUGCAGAUUGUAGUGCACGAGUUUGCACAGGAGUUUGCGCAGGACUUGCAGCAGGACGUGGACACGAAUAACAAUAUCUUGGGUGUUUCUACCUCACACGCCGCUUUAGCAACCCACGAUUCGACAACCCGCGCUCCACCCACUGACAUCGACGGCAUACAUCCAUGUCCACCACAUGACCCCGAUCCAUGGAGUUGUAUGGAAACCAUACAGUUAGAAAGGGACCGUUCUGCACCUAAUGCAGAGGACCGAUGCAAUCGUAUGGAAAACAUACAGUUAGAAACGGACACUUGUCCACCACAUGACCCCGAUCCAUGGAGUGAUGAUCCCUGGAGUUGUAUGGAAACUAUACCGUUAGCACGGGACCGUUGUGCACCGAAUGAAGAGGACCCCGAUCCAUGGAAUUGUAUGGAAACCAUACAGUUAGAAACGGGCCCUUGUCCCCCACAUGACCCCGAUCCAUGGAAUUGUAUGGAAACCAUACAGUUAGCCACGGACACUUCUCCACCUAAUGCAGAGGACCCCGAUCCAUGGAGUUGUAUGGAAACCAUACAGUUAGAACACGAAGGGACUCAUUCGCCCUCUCCCUCCUCUUCCGACCCCAGGAAUGCAAACCUGACCCCCGACCACACUAAUUGGAUUAACUGGAUUGACCGCAACAAGCACCUAUUGCGGCAGAGCACGACGCAGCCGCGGUUUUUGCAAUUAAAAGCGCAUUGGAAACAAUACCAGCGUCAGCACAUGGCGACAAACGAACACAACGGAGUAUACGGGCACAGGAAAGCCGCAACCAUGCACCGGAAGAAAUUGGAUGCAUGGAAGGCAUGGGUCGCACAGCAACAUGCGCUUAUGCAUAUAUAUGGUGAUGAAGAGUGGUUUAAGCAUUUGUUGCAUACUGCACAGGAGGAGACAGUACCGGCAAAAGGCGAGGUACCACGAGUAGCACAACACUUAGAAGUGGAACAAGUCACGGCAGCAGAACAUAUACUAAGAGUGAGAGAUGUACCACGGCCGCAACCACUACAUCAGGACCCACAUACAAAGAAACACUUCAUUGCCAAAUUGUGGAUGCUCCUUCUCGUGUCCGUAAUCGAACAAUGUGAAAUCGAGAGAAGUAUGCAGGAGAAGGAGUUAUAUGUGCAUGACCUAUUGGAAAAGCUCUGCAAUUAG